CCAUUGAAACGUCCUGGCUGUUGUUUACCCGGUCGAGGAGGAGGAAGUUGCUCCAACCCUCGCGCUGCCCGAAGCCUUUUCUCUUUCGGGAUAACAGACUUUGGUCAGGGGAAGCUUCCGUUUCCUCUUUGACCAAGCGACCGCCGGCUGAGAACCUGCGCGGGAAGAACCGGGAAGGAUUAUCCCCGGCCUCCCGGCCCCCCAUCACCGACACCUUGGAGCGCGGUGCGUCAGCGGCGGAACUCCUCGAACCUGCGCGCGACCCCGCUGCGACCGGACCGCGUGAGGAGCUGGACCCGGAGAUGCUCUGCUACCCGCGGGGACCUCGAGAGACACGCUCACCGCUGCUACUGCUGCUCUGAACUUUUUUUUGUUUAAAAAAAAAAGAAAAGAAAAGAGGAAAUUACAAAAAGCAAGGGACAGAACAGGGAUUAAUCAUGCCGGACCAAAUCACAGUUACAGAGUUUGUGGUAGAGACGAAUGAAGAUUAUAAAUCGCCCACCGCCUCCAAUUUCACCACCAGGAUGUCCCACUGCAGGAAUACAGUGACGGCCCUCGAGGAGGCUCUGGAUGUGGACCGAAGUGUUCUGCACAAGAUGAAGAAGUCUGUGAAGGCCAUCUACACGUCUGGUUUAGCCCAUGUAGAGAACGAGGAGCAGUACACGCAGGCCCUGGAGAAGUUUGGAGAAAACUGUGUGUACAGAGAUGAUCCUGAUCUGGGUUCAGCUUUCCUCAAGUUCUCUGUCUUCACCAAAGAGCUCACUGCGCUCUUCAAGAACCUGUUCCAAAACAUGAACAACAUCAUCACCUUUCCCCUGGACAGCCUGCUGAAAGGAGACCUGAAGGGAGUCAAAGGGGAUCUGAAAAAGCCGUUUGACAAAGCAUGGAAGGACUAUGAAACCAAAGUCACCAAGAUAGAGAAAGAGAAGAAGGAGCAUGCGAGGCAGCACGGGAUGAUCAGGACGGAGAUCAGUGGGGCAGAGAUUGCUGAGGAGAUGGAGAAGGAGAGGAGGUUCUUCCAGCUGCAGAUGUGUGAGUAUCUCCUCAAAGUCAAUGAGAUCAAAAUCAAGAAAGGGGUGGACCUGCUGCAGAACCUCAUCAAGUACUUCCACGCACAGUGCAAUUUCUUUCAGGACGGCCUGAAAGCUGUGGACAACCUGAAACCCUCCAUAGAAAAACUGGCCACGGAUCUGCACACGAUAAAGCAGGUGCAGGACGAGGAGAGAAAGCAGCUGACUCAGUUGCGAGACGUCCUGAAGACGGCGCUGCAGGUGGAGCAGAAGGAGGAUUCACAGGUGCGGCCAAGCACCACCUACAGCCUGCACCAACCGCGGGGUAACAAGGAGCACGGCACUGAGCGCAGCGGGUACCUUUACAAGAAGAGCGACGGCUUGAGGAAGGUGUGGCAGAAGAGAAAGUGCACGGCGAAGAACGGCUACCUCACCAUCUCACACGGCACAGCUAACCGGCCGCCAGCUAAACUGAACCUGCUCACCUGUCAGGUGAAACACAAUCCUGAAGAGAAGAGAAGCUUUGACCUCAUAUCCCACGACCGAACGUAUCAUUUUCAGGCCGAGGACGACCAAGACUGUCAGAUCUGGAUCUCGGUGUUACAGAACAGCAAGGAGGAGGCGCUGAAUCAGGCCUUCAAAGGGGACCAGCAUGUGGGCGAGAACAACAUUGUGCAGGAGUUGACCAAGGCGAUCCUGGCAGAGGUCAAGAGAAUGACUGGAAAUGACGUGUGCUGCGACUGCGGAGCGCCCAACCCGACGUGGCUGUCCACCAACCUGGGCAUCCUCACCUGCAUCGAGUGCUCGGGGAUCCACAGGGAGCUUGGAGUCCACUACUUCAGGAUCCAGUCCCUCACCCUGGACGUACUCAGCACCUCAAAACUCUUGCUGGCCAAGAAUGUGGGGAAUGCCGGCUUUAAUGAAAUCAUGGAGGCCGGUUUAAGUGCUGAAAAUGUGGUGAAACCAAACCCAGGCAGUGACAUGCAGGCGAGGAAAGACUUCAUCACGGCAAAGUACACGGAGAAACGCUUCGCCAGGAAGAAGUGUCCCGACGCGACGUCGCGGCUCCACACACUGUGUGACGCCGUGAAGGCCCGGGACAUCUUCUCCCUCAUCCAGGUCUACGCCGAGGGGGUCGACCUGAUGGAGCCCAUCCCGCUGGCCAACGGACACGAGCAAGGGGAGACGGCCCUUCAUCUCGCAGUCAGGCUGGUGGAUCGAACGUCCCUUCACAUUGUUGACUUCCUCACUCAGAACAGUUUGAAUUUGGACAAGCAGACGGCCAAAGGCAGCUCGGCGCUGCACUACUGCUGCCUGACCGACAACAGCGAGUGUCUGAAACUGCUGCUGCGGGGAAAGGCCUCCAUCGAGAUUGCUAAUGAGGCCGGGGAGACGCCGCUGGAUAUCGCGCGGCGGCUCAAACACAUACAGUGUGAAGAGCUGUUGACCCAAGCGCUGGCUGGGAAAUUCAACGCACACGUCCAUGUUGAAUAUGAAUGGUGCCUGCAGCAUGAAGACCUGGAUGAAAGCGAUGAAGAUCUGGAUGAGAAGCCGAGCCCUCACCGCAGGGACGAGCGUCCGGUCAGCUGUUACACCCCGAGCAGCAACUCCCACCUGCAAGCCAGCCAGGGCUCCGCGGGCCGCGACGCCAUCGGCCACGCCAAGGACAAGCAGCGCGCCUACAUGCCCAACCUGGUCAACAACGAGACCUACGGCACCGUCCUCAACAACAACAACUCUCCUCAGCCUCUCAGUCUCUGCUCCGCUCCGCCGCUGCCCCCGAGGAACCAGGUCCAGUUCUCCGGCCUCGGUGGCAGCGGUCAGCCUUCGCUAUCGAGCAGCUGGAAGCCCGGCGCUUUAGACCUGGUUGGCCGACAGCGGUCCUCCUCAGACCCCCCCAACAUGCACCCCCCCGUCCCCCCUCUGAGACUCACUUCAACUGGAGGUCUGGGUCCUCCUGUGGCCAAGAUGGAGUCCAUGAGCAUGCAGUCCAAGUCGGGCCAGGGACCGCUGGGGUCCAGAGCGGGGCCGCCGAAGUCUCCUGCGGGCAACGAUAAAAGCUUCACCCGACCGCUAAAUCGAACAGCAUCUAUUGAGAGACCAGCUAAGGAAGUGCCAGGAUGCCCCCAGAACUCCAUAGGUCAGUCUGUGCCGUCAGGCCACACGCAGAAGAAAACCUACCCAAAGCAGAGGCCAAAGCGAGUGAAAGCCAUCUACAACUGUCAAGCCGACAACCCGGACGAGCUGACCUUCUCCGACGGCGAGGUGAUCGUCGUGGAUGGAGAGGAGGACCAGGAGUGGUGGCUGGGCCACAUCGAGGGCGAUCCGAUGAGAAGAGGAGCCUUCCCCGUUACGUUUGUCCACUUCAUCGCUGACUGAAAGGUUCCUCUGCAGGUCUCCGUGUCAAGUGUCCCAGGGGACGUCCCUCUCUCACCCGUCACCGUUCAGCCAGCAAACAUCCAUGUUGUCGACAUCGCCACCAUCAUCAUCAUCAUCGCCGGCGAGCUUCUUAGAGUGCCGAGCGCAACAUCUGGACGUCACUCCUCGGGGAGUUUUAAUGCUCGUCGUUGAUGUUCUGACAAAGACGCUUUGACAUUUUAAAACGUAUGAUUGUAGUCUAUGACCGCUUGCAAUAAAUGCACUUUGCUUGUCUUCAUACUUGUUACAGCAUAAGACAGAAUGAAGGUCCACUUGUACAGUAUUCACAUCCAUUGUCUGCUGAGCUGCAUUGUACAGAUGUUGUGCUGUGGAGACUGCAGCAACGUAUUUGAACGUUUUAAGCAAAUCUUAAUGUGAACAUAGGCAACAUGCUUCCAUUCCUCAUCUGUGCAUGAGGCGUUUUUAAAUGUCCUACCUGCUUAUCUGUGUGAGCUUUCAACUCCGUACGAGGCCCCCCGUGUGGAGGUCUUUCUAAUGGUGCUUCGUUGACCCUGGAAUAUUCUAGAAUUUUUGCACUCCAAAAAGGGAGCUUCCCUUUCCACUUCUCAAAAGCGGACUGGCAUUGACACAGACAUGAGCUGCAGCAGCCAGUAAUUCCCUAUACGCCGCGGCGAAGACGCCCCCGGGUGUCUCCUGCCUUAUUAGAGGGACAGGAAGUGUGUGCGCGAGUGUCUCUUCUGCACAUAAGCUGAAAAUAAGAUAAUAUUGUAGCAAGAGGAAAUAAAAGAGUGUGGGAAUGUUAUGAGGAGCAGGAGUUAGUUCUGAUUGUCGUUUUGCUUUCUCUUUACCUUUGAGAGCACUCAGACUCUGACAGGCCAUUGUUUUGUUUUUCAAAAAUGAGCUGAUUACACACAAAUAUCCUCCUUACAGCUUAAGCCUCUCGUACAUGUAGAUUCCGGGGUCCCAUAGAAAGAUGAGUUGUAUCGAUUAGUGUUAGGUAAUUAGGUGGGAUAAAUAUGAGAUAAAUAUCAAACAUUUGAUGUGAUUAACUUCAUUUUUCUUGCAGAGCAACUGUCUGUUGAUAUUUAGGCAUUUAACCUGAAACCAGAGCCUUUCUUGGACUUGUGAAUGACAUGUGAAUCUUAACUGAUACUCAUGUUUAAUAUGAACUCACUGGAAACAGGAAGAUUGAAUUAUCUAUUCAUGUAAAUAGGUUUGAGUUUGUUGAUAUUUAUAUGUAAAAAGAAGAGUUAACCUGGGCACUAAAUGUCUUCAAUGGUCUGUGGUGAUGAGCAGUUACAGAUACAACCUCAGCUGGACCUGUGUGUGUGUGUGUGUGUGUUUGUUUGUGUGUGCGUGUGUGUGUGUGCUGAAAUCAAAAGUACAUACGAGCACAGCUGGGACAAUAAACGUCAUUCAUUCUUAUCGACUGUCUGUGAAUUACUGCAUCGACUCUUAACUGUUGUGCGAGCUAAUGGGAAAAUUAAACUGGAAUAAUAAAGAUGAACAGUAGAAG